AUGCAACCACGCAAGUCUGCUCGUUCCAACAAGGGACAGCACUCCCAGUGGAGUCUCCAGGAUGUCUUGCGCCAGGAGCAAGAUGACGACGUAAAUUCGGAGCCAAGAAGAAAAAAAUCAAAGGUGGAGUCGGAUCUGGACGAUGUCUACGACGAUGCGGGAGAAGUGGCUAAUGCCAGCUCAGAAAAUGACGACGAUGAUGACGACGACAACAACAACGACAAAAAUGAAGAAGAUGGCGAAGUCAGAUGUACGCCUUGUGGUGCCAAUAAAGACAAUUAUGACGAGGAAACCGACGAGGGAGGAACCAUGAUUGAGUGUGACAAGUGUCAUACGUGGCAACAUGCAAAGUGCAUGGGGUACCGUAAUGAGCGCAGUAUACCCAAGAAGUACAUGUGCAAUUUGUGCCAGGAAUCAAAGAGUGAAACGAAGAAAAAACCAGAAAAGGAGCAAACAACUCCUGGAUAUUCGUUCACGCUUCGUGACAAGACGAGAAUCAGCGUGGCAAAGGCUUUUUUUGGAGUGUUUCACAAGAACAUUCCUCCGGCGUCGCUUCCGGACGGCAUCGAUGCAGUUAUGAUGGCCACGAAAUGGGCCCAGGAACUCGAAGCGGAGGUUUUCAAGGUGUUUCCGCUGAAGGACAAGCAUUACACCGACAAGAGCAGGGGGUUGAUGGUGCUUAUCAAGAAAGAGAAUGUAAUGCGGCGGAUUUCCACUGGUGAGCUUUCAUUCUAUGAUCUUGUCAAUUCCUCUCCCGAGGAAAUCGACGAGGAUUUAAAGGUUUACGCAGAAAAAGUGAGACAGGAGUCGAUCCGCAGGUCCGUGUUGACGGUGGACGAGGGUCUGCAACGAAUUAGGCGAACCCACAAGGGAGAAGAGAUAGUAGAGGAUGCCAAUCGUCAGCUGGAAGAAGCUGACGUUAAUGUGGUUCCCAGAAACAUCGACCAUCGUAGGAUCAAGGAGGACUCACCGCCUCGUGAAAUCAUCACCAAUUCCGAAUCUCAAACCUAUUACCAUAAUGAAGAAGACGACGAUGACGACGAACAAGCGGAGGCAGACGGUGAGGAAAGCAACAAGGACGACGUAAAUGAAGACAGUUCUGAUCUGGAUGACGAUGAACUCGACAUGAUUCUUAAAGACAAGAAAGAUGAAAACAAGGAAGAGGUGGAGGUGCGCCAACAGCCAGCCAAACCCGCCCCAGUUCCCGCUAAAAAGCCUCUGUUUGAAAAGGAAUCCGCCGAGGUGUGGAAGGGAGAGAUUGUAUUCCCAGAUUUUGCUUCUUUUUCUGCCGUUGCUGAGCUCAAGUCUUGUACCAACUAUGUCGAACCAAGCGACUCUCAAACCGCACGCAAUUUCAGUCGUUUUAUCAAGGUGGGAAAGGAGCUUCUUUCACGCAAGAAACAUGAGGUGGAGGGCCGUUUGGACAAAAAUCGUGCUGACGAUUAUCUCAACAAGGUUGUAUCUUCGCGAGAUUUUUACUUGAUUGAAAUCAAACCAACGGCGAACCACCCUGAUUAUGAUAAGCUUUAUGGGUACCUCUUGGAUCGAGAAAAGGUGGGAGUGUUGUCCGGGAAACCUUCUUUUGCUAAAGACUCCUAUUUGAUAACCCUUGAAAAAUCUCGCCCAUUGCCUCCAUACUUGAGCACUUUGAAAGGAUUUGAGCAACUGACAGGUUUAUUUGCCUUAUAUGUGGUUAGGAAAGGCUACGUUCCUGCAGCACCUAGCAUUCUCAAGAAUCGGUCUUCCUACAACGUUCCUGCUCCAAUACCUCCAACCAAUUCAAAUCACCAUUCCAAACCAAUGCUUCCUCAACCACCAGCCAUGGCCGCCAAGCCCAAGACUCCUCUUUUGGACUCAAUCUUGAGCACUUUAGGCGGAGCACAGGCAAACCCGGUGCCAAAACCUCAACCAAUACCUCAGCAGAACCAUCAGUUUCAACAGCCUCAUUUCCAGCACCAACCCAGCGGUGCUUAUAACAGAGUGCCAAGUCUUCCAGGCAAACCAAACCUUCCUAGCAAACCAACAUUUGGUUCUAAUGCGUCCAACGCCCCCAACUAUAACAAACAACACCAAACCAGCGACUUGAACCUUUCUGGAGAUCAGAUGAGAUACCUCCAGGAACUCGUGAAAAAUAACCCCCAGCAGGCCAGACACGAACCACAAGCACUUGUAGGCAUGGCCGCAAAUUCUGGUGCAAGUUUUGGUGGCUCUGGACUCCCUGCUGGUGACGACGAUGACGAAUUUCCAACCUAUAAUUAG